CCCACUUUUCCUUAAACCCUUGAAAAGCUUCCAUGGCGACAGUGCCAGUUAAUCCCAAGCCUUUUUUGAACAAUUUGACUGGAAAGCCUGUGAUGGUAAAGCUAAAGUGGGGAAUGGAGUACAAAGGGUAUCUGGUCUCCGUGGAUUCAUACAUGAACUUGCAGCUUGCAAACGCAGAAGAGUACAUUGAUGGACAAUGCACUGGUUCUCUUGGAGAGAUCCUGAUUAGAUGUAAUAAUGUCCUCUAUCUUCGUGGUGUACCUGAGGAUGAAGAACUGGACGAUGCUGACCGCGACUAGAAAGUGUUUUGUAUUAGUGUGAUCGUUCUUUUAGUGCAGUCAGAUGUCUGGUUCAUUGAUCAUGGUGGAACAACAUAUUCAUCUCCUUGAAUGUAUUAUCAAUUAUGUGUAAAAUUUCCUAGAUGCAGACCUUAAUGAUUACUGGUGCAAAAUGAACCAGCUCUAUGACUAGAAUUAGAAUGCCAUAUGGUCAAGUUUAUUUUUGUGGACUACCACAAGUUUAUGAUUCGGUUUUAUCUACAUCGAAACCAAACCGCUAUAUCGGUUUGUUCAAUCAA